AUCACGCGGAGCCAAUCGGAACUCGAGGCGGGGCUGUUGGUUCUUCCUGGAGCGCGCAUGCGCGGGUGGGGCCACAGGCUGUCUGGCUGGCGGCCCUUGAACUGGCUGUUGGGUGUCCGCAGGCUUCUGCCCGGCUGCCGCCGCCUAUAAGCUACCAGGAGGAGCUUUAUGACUUCCCGGCCUGCGGGAAGUGGCGGGCACGAUCGCAAGGUAGCGCAGAAGCUUCUCAAUGGCCAGCGCCAGCUGCAGCCCCGGCGGCGCACUCGCCUCACCUGAGCCUGGGAGGAAAAUUCUUCCAACGAUGGUCUCCCGCUCAGAGCUGAGGAAGCUGUUCUACUCAGCAGAUGCAGUGUGUUUUGAUGUUGACAGCACGGUCAUCAGAGAAGAAGGAAUCGGCGAGCUAGCCAAAAUCUGUGGUGUAGAGGACGCGGUGUCAGAAAUGACAUGGCGAGCCAUGGGCGGGGCAGUGUCUUUCAAAGCUGCUGUCACGGAGCACUUAGCCCCAAUCCAGCCUCCAGGGAGCAGGUGCAGAGAGACUCAUAGCAGAGCACCCCCCACACCUGACCCCCAGCAUAAGGAUGCUUUCAUUGGAUUUGGAGGAAAUGUGAUCAGGCAACAAGUCAAGGAUAACGCCAAAUGGUAUAUCACUGAUUUUGUAGAGCUGCUGGGAGAACUGGAAGAAUAACAUCCAUUGUCAUACGGCUCCAAACAACUUCAGAUGAAUUUUUACAAGUUACACAGAUUGAUACUGUUUGCUUACAAUUACCUAUUACAACUUGAUAUAGAAAGUUGGUACAGAUGAUCUGCGCUUUCAAGUAAACUACAGUUAGGACUCCUCAAAGAUUGGUUUGUUUGUUUAACUGUAGUUCCAGUAUUAUAUGAUGACUAUUGAUUUCCUGGAGAGUUUUGUAAUCUGAAUUCUUUAUGUAUAUUCCUAGCUAUAUUUCAUACAAAGUGUUUUAAGAGUGGAGAGUCAAUUAAACACCUUUACUCUUAGGAAUAUAGAUUCGGCAGCCUUCAGUGAAUAUUGUUUUUUUUUCCCUUUGGUAUGUUAAUAAAAGUUUAUCCAUGUGUCAGAACAGA